CGGCACUACCAUUUCAUCCUUUUAAAUUCCACGUGUCGUAUGACCGAGUCAUUCUCAUCCUUUCAAUGCUUCGCUGAUUGUAUAUAAGAAGAGCACCACCUGCUCGACCUAUUGUCUCUUAAAGAUUCUUUUGAUUCUGAUUCUCCCAAGCGAAAACUUUCAUUGCCGAAGAGUGCAAAAAGGAAGAAAAGGUCGUAGAGGGUGCCAAAAUGGAACCGGAAAAUGCACAGAAAGGGCAAGAGCAAGAAAAAGAGCAGCAGCGGUCGGGCGUUAUCGGUACCCUGCAGGAGGGAACGGUGUCCGUCCUACGGGCAGUUCAGUCCACGUACGAGCACGCCAAGGAAGCAGCCCUUGGAAAGACCCACGAGACUACCGAGCAGACAAAGGAGGGAGCGAAGGCGGCCUCGGGGAGGGCUGCGCAGAUGAAAGACGCAGCCAUGGAAUCGACUGCGGAGAAGGGGAAGCAGUCGCAGGAUUCGGCGGCCCAGUACAAAGAUUAUACGGCGGAGAAGGCCAAGGAGACCAAGGAUUCUGCUGCUGGUAAGGCCAGCGAAUACAAAGAUUAUGCAGCGGAGAAGGCGAAAGCGACGAAGGAUUACGCUGUUGGGAAGGCCAGCGAGUACAAAGAUUACGCGGGUGAGAAGGCGAAAGAGACGAAGGAUUCUGCUGUUGGGAAGGCCGGCGAGUACAAAGAUUACGCGGCUGAGAAGGCGAAAGAGGCAAAGGAUUCUGCUUUUGGAAAGGCCGGCGAGUACAAAGAUUACGCGGCUGAGAAGGUGCGAGAGGGGAAGGACACAACUGUUGGGAAGAUUAGUGAGUUGAAGGAUUCGACGGUGGAUGCUGCGCGGCGAGCCAUGGGCUAUGCAACGGAAACGAAGGAGGAGACUAAGGAGAAGGCGGAGGAGACCAAUGAGAAGGCAGAGGAGACGAAGGAUGCGAGUGAGGAGGCGACAAGGCAGAAGAUGGAGGAGUUGCGAUUGAAAGGGGAAGAACAGAAAGAUGAAGCAGCCGAGAAGUCCCGCGAAGCCAAGGACGCGACAGCUGAAAAGGGGAGUGAAGGAAAGAGCAGCCUUGGAAGGGUGACGGAGAGCGUUAAGGAGAAGCUCUCGCGUGCCACUGAAGAGGGUGACGAGGAGGGAACUACACGUGUUGACGCUUAGGGCAAGAUGUGAUGGGCGAUGCGAUGCUAUAGAUGAUCCAUGGCUACCACUUCAGCUGCUUUUGUGUUGUAAAUUUGGACUGGUGCUAUAUAUCCGUGUAUAUCUUCGUGCCGUGUGUUUGUGUUUCUUGUUUUUCAAAUAUAUAUAUACAUAUAUAUACUCUCCCAUUUGAAAUUUCUUGAUACUCUUGUUUGUUUGUAUGAUUUUAGACGUGAUAAUUAAUAAAGUCAUCUCGUAAUGGUUAAUGGCUU